GGUGGCGCGACUUCAUGUGUCACAGCUGGGCGCUUGGCGGCCGCUGAUCCCCUACUCAGAAUAUUGAUAUUGGAAGCGGGUCCGCAUACAAAAGAUCUCGAAGACCAUACCAUCCCAGCCUGGUUCAAUAGGAACAUUGGCCCUGAAAGCCAAACUAUCUGGAACCAUACCUCUGAGAAAAGCCCCCAUCUUGGCGGUCGCGCUCUUGUCUCUCAAAGUGGUAAAUGCGUUGGUGGUGGGUCUAGUGUCAACUUCAUGAUGUACACAAGAGCCUGUGCCUCAGACUACGAUGACUGGAAAACGAAGUACAAAAACCCAGGAUGGGGCGCUAACGAUCUGAUUCCUUUGCUUUGCAAGACAGAAACUUAUCAAAUCGGAUAUGGAAACACGCAUGGCUCCUCUGGACCGCUCAAAGUUUCCUUUGGUGGUAUUUAUGCUGACAUAGGCCGUCAAGCAAUCGAUGUGGCCCAAAGUUACGAUGCGGAUCGCCCUGUCGUCCCCGAUGCAAAUGAUUUGCACACCACUAAUGCUUACAGUAUAUGGCUACAUUUCCUGAUUCUGCCACGGCCUAGAUGGAUUGAUGACAAGACAGGGAAGCGCUCAGAUUCCGCGCAUGCCUUCAUCUAUCGCCAAGAAACCAACAAGAACCUUUGCGUCAUGACAGGCAAGAUGGUGGUAAGGGUGAUCAUAGAGAAUGGGCGCGCAGUAGGCGUAGAGUGUGGAGAAGCCGAAGCACAACCCAUUGGAACGCUUUCCAUCUCACGUGCAAAACGACUGGUUGUUGUAUCGGCAGGAUCAUUUGGAUCGCCCGCUAUCCUGGAGAGAUCCGGAAUAGGGCAAACGGCCAUACUUGAGAGCAAUGGCAUGGGUUCAUUUGUGAGGAUUGUCACAUAUGAUACAUGCUACUCAUCAGACAUCGUAGAUCAUCCCAUUGCCUUUCCCGCGUAUUAUGCUGCCGAGAAUUCCCAGACUAUAGACCCGCUCUAUCAAGGUAGUGCAGUCGAAAUAGAUGAACUUCUUGACCAAUGGCGAAAAAAAGGAACAGGCAUAUGCGCCCACAACGCUCAGGACGUUGCAUUGAAGAUGCGACCUACCGCUCAGGAUCUUGAAGAGUUGGGCCCAGAUUACAAACGGCGGUACCGAGAGCUAUUUUCUCAAAACCCAGACAAGUGUAUGGCCCUUUUAAUGCCAUGUUCUGGGAUUGUGGGAGGUUACGAUGGUGUUCCGAAACGAAGGUACAUCGGUACAUGCUACUUUUCAUGCUAUCCUCUUGCUACUGGGAGCGUCCACAUCGCUUCGGGCACAGAACCUUCACAAGCACCCGGGUUCAUAGAUGGAUUCUUGGACAACUCAUUGGAUGUCGCAGUGAUGCGCCUCGCCUACAAACGGAUGAGGGAGUGGAUCCGUCGUAUGCCAGCGUACCGUGGAGAAGUUCAGCAACGCCAGCCCGUGUUUCCGCCUAACAGCCAAGCCGCCUGCAAGGAGACUGGCGGUCCAGUGGUCAUCGACGCUCCAGAUAUCGUGUAUAGUGAGGAAGACAACAAAGCAAUUGAAGCUUUUCACCGCGGUCAUGGUAAACAAAUCGUCGUGGUUCUGGGGACAUGCGCGAUGAAACCCAGGGAUCUAGGCGGUGUGGUUGACUCCCGCCUAAACGUUUAUGAAAUCAGUAAUCUUAAAGUCGCAGACCUAUCCAUUGCUCCCUCAAACGUGGCCGCCAAUACCUACUCGAGUGCCUUGUUGAUUGGGGAGAAGGCCGCUGUUUUGAUCGCAGAAGAAAUUGGUCUCGACAUGGACAAAUUCAACAACGCCAAGCUAUAA